AUGGAAUUCGACAAUUUUAGACGCGCGUCAUCUGCUGGCUACAGGCUACCAGAGCGAACGAAAGCUCCCAGGCCAAUAACAAAGCUACCAUCUUCAGGCAAAAGUCUGCCGAAGGUAAGAAACGCGACCACGACGCCUACGCGAGACGCAGACGCGAGUGAUCCAGUCAAACAAGACCAAGCGUGGAAAGAAAUGGUGUGGAGUGAAAGGAGAGCAGUGAGGGAAUGGGACAGGAAUUGGAGUUUCCUGCAAAAUUAUGAUCAGUUGGGAGAGCUGAAGCCAGAUGAACCUUCACCUGGCAAUUCAUCGCCCCUUUCAGGUUGUUCCCCCAACACCACAAACCAAAUAUUUGGAAGCCGAUUGUCGACGCCACUGGGACGUGAACUAAUUAGACUAGACAAGCUUUUAUCUCGGUCUAGGAACUAUAACAAAUGCAAACAGGAUCCAGAGAUGAUGUCAUAG